CGACCUCAUCUUCCUUCCGCCACCGCUCCGCCCUCUCUCGCGAUCUCCGCUCGACGUCUACGAUAACAGACAACAGUCCUUCACAACGUUCAAGUGGCAACAAAGCAAACGUUAGCGCCGCCGGCGCAAUACAAACGAGCAGAGAAGCAGAGAGGAUGUCGACAACACACACACAAGGACAGUCGCAUGACAGAAUACCGCCCAUCGGCGAGGACGGCGACGGUGUCGGCAUAUACAAUGGCCCACCAGGCCGGACAGCACCCGAUCCCGACACGUCAAUAUCGCAGAAGAUGCUCUCUGCGGUCAUUGGCAGUCUGCUUACAUCAUUACUGGUAACACCGCUCGAUGUCGUCCGCGUAAGGCUCCAAGCCCAACCUCGUCCGUCUGCUCCCUCCUCAUCCCUACCUUCCUUCGUCCAACUUCCUCCCAACCUCGGCGUGACAGCGUGUUGCCGCGAGGUGUUCUGGGUGCAGAACCAAUCACAAUUCUGCGUCGCUUCUCCGCCAUCAUCCUCCGCCGCCGCAGCCGUCAUGGAUGAGCGCAUCAUCUCUGACUGUGCUGCAGAAGAAUCGCAACGGCGAACGUUCAACUCUACACUCGAUGGGCUAAGAAAGAUCGCACGGAAUGAAGGAGUUUUGACGCUAUGGAGAGGUCUCAGUCCAACGUUGAUGAUGGCGAUACCGGGAAACGUCAUCUACUUUGCGGGAUACGACUGGCUGAGAACGAGCAAGAUGAGCCCGAUCGAGGGCAGGGUCAGCGAUGCAUAUGCGCCGCUGGCGGCAGGAUCGGUGUCAAGAGUACUGGCAGCAAUCGUGGUUAGCCCGAUCGAGAUGCUGCGGACGAGGAUGCAGGCCGUGGCCUCAAAAGAGAAGAACGUUAUGCGGGCAACAAUGGUGGGACUGAAGGAUAUGGUUGGCACGGACGGAUACACAUCUCUUUGGCGAGGUCUCACGUUGACUUUCUGGCGAGAUGUGCCUUUCUCGGCUCUGUAUUGGUGGGGUUACGAGUACGGCCGCGAGCGAUUGCACGAGGCGAGAGCAAGAGACUCCUCGAUUUCUGGACAAAGUCGCCGAGACCUGACCAAGAGUGAGCUUCUCCAAGAUUCUUUUAUCGCAGGAGCCGGUGCAGGCGCCAUUGCUGCUUUGGUCACGACACCGUUCGAUGUUGGCAAGACCCGCCAGCAGACUGUGAUCAAUUCGAACAUGUCCGCCGAGCAACGGCGAGCCCUACCGGAGAAUCGGACAAUGCCUCGCUUCUUGUGGCAUAUCUACUGUCAGGAUGGAAUGUCUGGACUGUGCAAAGGCUGGGCGGCACGAUGUUUGAAAGUCGCUCCAGCGUGUGCCAUCAUGAUCUCGAGUUAUGAGAUUGGCAAGAAGAUGGCGGUCACUGUCAACGAGAAGAAGGAGUUGAGGGAGUGA